AGAGGAGAGAGGGAGGGAGAAGUGAUCUUAAUCUCAACAAAAAAUGAACAAUACUGGGCGGGUAAUCUCCGGCGCAAGGCGGUUCGGAAUCGGAAAACAGAUCUCUACGACGGCGGCGGCGGCUCCGGCGGGAAAUGGGGAAAGCCAAAGCCUGUACAGAAGGCUGUCGGGUUUGGGAGCGACGGGAGGCAGCGUUUGGAAGACGCUUAACGAGUACGUCAUGGAGGGUAAUGUCGUCCGCAAGUACGAGCUUUGGCAAUGCGUCAAGGAGCUUCGCAAGUUCAGGAAGUUCCGCUCUGCCCUUGAGAUAAUGGAAUGGAUGGAGAUGAGGAAAAUCAAUUAUUCUCACAGUGAUCACGCGAUGCGUCUGGAUCUUAUCUCCAAAACCAAAGGGAUUGCGGCCGCGGAGAAUUACAUGAGCAAUCUUUUGUCAUCAGAAAAGAACAAAUUCAGUUAUGGGGCACUUUUGAAUUGCUAUUGCAUGGAAACCAUGGAAGACAAAGCAUCGGAGCUCUUUGGGAAGAUGGAGGAGUUGGGGCUUGUUACAAACGCUUUGCCUUUCGCCAAUCUCAUGACAAUGUACAUGAAAAUGGGCAAACCUGAAAAAGUCCCCUGCAUAGUACAGGGAAUGAUGAAGAGGAAUGUGUAUCCGAGCACCUAUGUUUACAAUGUUUUGAUGCAAACCUACGCGUCCUUAAAUGAUUUUGUAGGAGUGGAAAGAGUUUUGGCUGAGAUUGAAAUGUUAGAGCAAGGCAAGUGCAAUUGGACAACAUAUAGUAACCUAGCUACAAUCUAUGUGAAGGCUGGGCUUUUUGAAAAAGCUAUGGUCGCUCUUCGAAAGCUAGAGUGUACGAUGAAACCCGGGUCGCGUCAAGCGUUCCAUUUCCUAAUAAGCCUCUAUGCUGGGAUUGGUCAACUCGGUGACGUUAAUAGGGUAUGGAAAACCCUGAAUGAGGUUUAUCCAACAUUCAACAACAUGAGCUAUCUUGUCAUGCUUCAAGCUCUUUCUAAGCUCGAUGAUGUCGAGGGCUUGAGGAAGUGCUUUAAGGAGUGGGAGUCUAGUUAUUCCUGUCAUGAUAUCAGGUUGACGAAUGUGGUUAUAGGCGUUUACCUUCGUCACGGCAUGCACAAAGAGGCGGAGUUGCUCUUUGAAGACACCAUAAAAAGGUUUAAAGGGCCUUUUGUUAAAACUCGGGAAAGGUUCAUGUUUUUCUUCUUGGAGAACCGUCGAACGGAUUUAGCUCUUAGCUAUUUGGAUUCCAAUGUUUCUGAAGCCAAGGAUGUCGAAUGGCAUCCACCCCCAUCACUAGUAAGUGCCUUUUUGAGCUAUUUUGAGGAAGAGAGUGAUGUUCAUAGUGCUGAAAGGGUUGUCGACAUUCUAAAACCUUUUCGCUGUCUCAAUUCGGACCAUUACCAAUUGUUGUUGAAGAUUUAUGUGGCUGCUGGCAAGAUUGCUCUGGAUACGCGUAGGAGGUUGGAGGAAGUUGGUGUUGAAAUUAGCUGCGAAAUUGAGGAGUUGCUUCAAAGGGUUUGCCCUUAUUAGAUUAGUUUUGUAUAAGCUCUGUAAUCUUGAAAUGCAUUAUAAAAUAUUUUUGGCA